CUGUUCGAAAAUUUCUUGAGUAUCUAACACAUCUUGGUGAUGUAUUCAACACUGUUAUUUCUAAUGCUUCGAGAUCGGCUCGGCGUAUAGCGUCAGAGCGUUGAAGAUUUGGUCAUGAACGGUGAGGUUGACUUUGCUGCAUUGUUAUCAAAGCGACGAUAUGCUGGCCACGAAAAUGCUCGCGCAGGUCAGGUUAAAGCGGUGGCUCGAUUGGUCUUCGAAAACGCCGACCCGGUGCUCGUUGCGGCGACUGGCUACGGCAAAAGCGCAGUCCUAUACGCCUGUUCGGCUCUAUUGAACAAGAUCACGGUGCAAAUCGUACCGUUGACGAAGCUGGGCGAGAAUCAACGUAAUUCUAUCGCCAAAGACGUUACGGGCGCAAGGCCUGUAUAGAUCGAUGCUGACACGCAUCUCAAGGCGAGUUACGAAAGCCCUGUUGCCCUGAGAUUGAUCGGUAACUAACCUCCCUUCAUUAACAAUAUAGAAUCGAGAGAUAUGGAACGAAGUUCGCGACGGAAAGUUCACACACGUCCUGUUGAGCCCAGAGCAGGCAGCCAGCGCCAAAUUUAAGGCUGUUUUGAGGGACCCUGUCACGAUUAAUAGGAUUAUAUAGGACAAUGCCAAUAAGAUAC